AUGGCUUCAGGUCAAUAUGGUUCUCACUCAGAUCGGGCCCCACAAGCCACAUAUGCUAAAGCUGUGCCAGAUACCCGAAAUGUAGCAAUCCGACCGGCACGAGAAUUCCUUUGGGUGGAUUUCCAGGAUGACCAGUCGAAGGGCCGCGAAUCUCUCCGAUCUAGACAGGCCUUUGUGAGGAUCCGACAUCAUCGGCUGCAGAGAGAAAGACAGGUGCAGCAAUGCGAAACUGCCACCGGACUGUUCUCCACCGGACCGUUCUCCACUGGACACUGUCCACCAAAGCCCCAUACCAUGGGAGCUCAUAGCUCAAGAACCCACCGCCAUCGACUUUCAAAGAGUGAUCAUAGUGAUGAAUAUGAUGAGUGUCCAAUUCAGCAGACCGCAGUACUGUCAUCGUCUCUCGAACCAGGGGUCCUUGAUGGAGGCCCUGCCCUGGCUAUUAGCACAAAACAAAAUCCGAACAUCUAUUUUCAUCACUUUUGGUUUUGGAAAAAGGCACUUGAAGACCCCACAUUGAUGCAGAUCAAAUUAUCGAUUAGUGCAUCCCAUCGAGCUGCGAUUCUAACCGCAUCUGGUGCCUCGACGGCAAUUGUGCAGAAACCGGCGCAGGAUGCACUUCGCCUUCGUGUUGGAACAAUCAAAUCUCUUCAAUCCUUACUGCAAAGCGCAGCCACAGUAUACUCUGAGAAAACUAUUUUCAUCAUUGCUCACAUUAUUACUGCUGAGGCUUUAGAGGCCAAUUCGGAGGCUGCUGAGACGCACAUGAACGGCUUGAAGAGAAUAAUUGCCGCAUCAGGCGGGAUGAACAUUCUAGGGCAUGGAACACUUGCUAUGCUAUACUGGUAA